AUGAAGCAUGUUACCACUGUCUUUGCCCUCGCUGCUGCAGUAGCAGCUAUUGAUAUCCAAGGACACGUCGAGUCACACUGUGGUGGUGGAAACAGGGUCACGUUCACCAACGUGAACCCCGACCGAUGCUACGCUACCGGCGGGAUCUGGUCUGCCAUGGUGGAGAAGUCAACAACGUGGAGUACACGGGAGCUGGUUAUAGCUUCAUCAACAAGAGGAGGUCAACCGACGUCGCUUCUGGAUCUCGAAGACGAGACAUACAAGACCAUGCUCGCCUAUGCUUCUAACGGCACAAUUGCCUCGGAUAUGCCAAGCGCAUUCGAUGAGUACAUCGUACAGUAA